GUACUACACGUACAGCAACACAGAGUUCGAGCAUGCGGUGGACGACGAAAGGUGCGUGGGUCGACCCGAAGUGACCAUCGUGGAGAAAGUGACCCUCCACGGCAACGUCAGGGGUCGACAGGUCAGCCUGUGCGACGGCCCGGGGGUCGACGUCAGGGAUCGACCCUCCAACCCUUCCUCCUACGGCCCCAAGAACUCCGUCAGGGUGUUCCUGGGGAUCCCCUACGCGGAACCCCCCGUAAGGAAGAGGAACACGGAGAGCCUGCAGUUCAAGGGGGAGUUGACCCCAGACACCCCCGUUCGGGAUAAGUACCCGGUGAUGGUUUACAUCCAUGGUGGCCAUUUUGAGCAUGGCAGUGGCGCCCUCUUUCCAGGACACAUGUUGGCUGCCUCGCAGAGGGUCAUCGUCGUCACCUUCAACUACAGACUGGGCCACCUGGGCUUCCUGGCGACCGGGGACCAGAACUCCCCCGGCAACUAUGGCCUGCUGGACCAGGUGGCUGCCCUCAAGUGGGUCCACGAGAACAUCGAUGCCUUCGAUGGAGACAGAGACAAGAUCACGCUCUUCGGGACUGGGGCAGGGGCUGCCAGCGCCGCCAUCUUGGCCCUCUCCCCCCUCUCCAAGGGCCUGGUGAAGCGGCUGAUCCUCCAGAACGGGGCCCCCGUGGCCGAUUGGGCCUUCAUCAGCGACCCCCGCUACAUGUUCAACAGCAGCCAGGUCCUGGGGGAAGGACUGGGAUGCUCCAACGAGGACAUGGCCAGGCUGGUGGAGUGCGUGGCCACCAGGAGCAACAGCGAGAUCAAGAUCCUCAACCUCAAGCCUCGUGUGGGCUGGUUGCCCUUUGGCCCUGUGCUGGACAAUUUCACCCGCCCUUCCAAGGAGAGGGUCCUCCCAGAGUCCCCCCUGGACAUGCUCAGGAGGGGGGUCCUCUUCGAAAAGGACUUUGCGGUCCUCACCGGGAUCAACAGGGACCAGGGAGCAGACAUAUUCUUGGAGGAAUCCCAGAACCUGGAGGUGGACGAGACAGAGUUCUCCCGCCGAAUCCGCGGCUUCAUGCGCAUGUACAACUACUCGGUGAAUGCCGAAGGGAUCUUCGAGGCCAUCCACUUCAUGUACCACCCCCCUGUGGACCCCAGAAACAGGACUCUGCUCAGGGAAGCAUUCGUGCACAUGCUGACUGACCGCUAUUAUGUGUCUCCCAUGGAAGAGAUGGUGAGACUACUGCUCAAGAACAAAGUGCCCACCUACGCCUACGUUCUCAAUUACACCCUGCAGGGCUACGACACCCCACUCAAAGGGUUCGUGUCUUCGGAGACGGAAUACCUGUUGCUGUCGGGGGCCCCCUUUCUGGACCCCAAGUUCUACCCCCCUGGCAUGAAACUGGAAGGCGCCAGUUGGACUCAGGAGGACCGUAAUAUGAGCAUCUUCAUGAUGCAGGCCUGGGCCAACUUCGCCAAAUACGGCAACCCGACCCCCACCCGCAUCUUCAACACCAUCCUGUGGGAGCCGGUGAGUGAGCCCGAGCUGCCCUACCUGAACCUGAACGCUACCAACACCACCAGCACCAUGAUGCCUCGCUACCGAGAGCGAGAGUCUCGCUUCUGGUCCUCAUUCCUGCCGUUCUUCCUGGGGAGGGAGCCACCCACCAUGGCCCCCACGCUGGAGCCGGGGGUGGCCGAGCUCAGGGUGGUGAGCGGCGCCCUCUGGGGGAGCGUGGCCGUGGCCGCCCUACUGCUGGUGCUGUGCCUGGCAUGCUGCGCCCUCUACUGUCGAGUGCGGAGGAAACGAACAGACGUGGACGAUUUCGAAGAUUUGGACACUUCCAGGGAGGUGAUCGUGGAUGCCCAAGUUCAAGACACCCCCGUCUGAGAUAUCGGGGUUUUUCCCCUUCGGUAUUUGGUUGAAGACGAAAUUCGUCUUGCCUCAUCAAUCAUCCAUCUCAAAGAGAUCUCAGCAUGUAACAUAUGUGAUAUGCCAAAUGUGUGAUUUUCACCAAAUAUGAGACUCCGGUGACGUCAAAAAUUAUACGGAGGAUGUUUUGGUUGUGGAGAAUUUCUACAGAAGUUGGUGAUGACAUUUCUAUACAGCAACUUCAGUAAUUUACACCUUGAUUGGUCGGCAGGUUUUUGACAA